GUAAGACGUUUUCCCCGACUACAAAAUUCAGGUUCACUCAGGCUCGGCAAACAUCAGAAGACAUGUUUGACAGAUUAAUAUUCGGCAACACCGACUAGUGACAUUCGUGAAACUGCAUUCUAAAAGAUUCGGAUUCAACGUUCGAUUUUAUUAAUUGAAUUUAAAGGAUUUAUUGUGUUUUAAUUGUGUACAUCUUUCUUAUACCCUGCUUAUACUUAAUCAAAGAUCGUUGUAUCUAAACGAUACACCAUGGGAAACACUCACGGUUUGUGCUGUGUCCCUUCACUGUCUAUUAUUGUGAUGUCAUUGUGUUUGCUUCCUCACAUCUGUCCAGCAAAUAACUUUUUAAAGAAAUUAAUAGAUGGCCGUGAAUAUUAUGUUGGUGAUAAUGGCAUGAUGUGUUUUAUGUGCCCUGCUGGAACCUUCGUUUCAAGUGACUGUGAAACAAAUCUGACAAGCGCCCACUGUGAAUCCUGUCCACCGGAGACAUUUUCUUUGUCUAUCAAUAGAGCAAGAUCUUGCAAAGAUUGUAAACACUGUGGUAUAGGACAGUUCAUCGUUAUUAAUUGUACAGCGAAAAGUGACACAGUGUGUGUUUGCCCUGACAAUAUGGAAGAGGUACCUUAUGUCGAUAAAUCAGGAACCCAUUGUGUACUUAAAAAAGAUAUUUUACCGAAAGCGGACAAUUUAAGAACUACCGCUAUAGUGAUUCCAUUUCUACCUUGUCCUGAUGACCAGUAUCGUGAUAAUAAUGGUAAUUGUAUACCCUGUCCAUCCACUCUUCAACCACAUAACGUUACAUUUGUGGACACACCAAGCGUAACAAACAAAGUGGAUGUCCCUGACAAAAACGCCCCAAAAGAAGAAUGGUACAAAGCUAAAAACGGACUGACAUGUCGCAAGUGCCCAAAGGGACAUUUUGUACUGAGUGAUUGCAAAGUCAAUAGCACCGCUGGACAAUGUCAGAAAUGCCUAACGGACACUUAUUAUCCACGUAUGUCAAAACAUAGAUCUUGUAGAGAUUGUACGCAUUGCGGAAUAGGACAAAAAAUAAAAGAACAAUGUACAACAAUAAGUGAUACGGUGUGUGUUUGUCUUGACAAUUUAGUUGAAGUGCGGAAUACCGACGGAUCUGGAUCUUAUUGUGUACCAAAAACUGACAAAAGUGUAAAUCCUCAGCAAUCGUCGUCAACAGCAGCACCUCAUCACCCAGAGUGUCCUAGUGGAAUGUAUCGUGAUAUAUCUAAAAAUACCGACUGUCUUCCAUGUUCAAACUGUUUAAAUGUAACACAUCCUUGUAAUGGAACCCAUGAUGCUAUAUGUGCAUCAACACAAAAUACGAACGGGUCGGACAACAAACAAGGGUUAAUAAUUGGCAUUACAGUUGCUGCUGUUGUUGUUAUUGUUAUUGUUGUGAUUAUAGCAGUACGUUGUAUUAAACAGAAGAGUGGACAUUUGUAUAAAGAUGAAAAGUGGUAUAAAGUGUUAUAUUCGUUAAUAAUAAAGACAAAUAUUGAAGAAACUGCUAAUUAGUUUAACAUUACAAGACUAUAUAAGUUCAAAAAUAACAUUUUUUGUUUAUAUAAACUGUUGUUAUAGAGAGAUACAAAACUUGAAUUAUUCAAACAUAUUACAAGUAUAGAGACUUAUACUGUCCUAUUUUCUAAAUUAAUAUGAAUAUUCAACAAUCAUUAAAAGCUGAUUAAUUAUGACAAAAUUUGUCUCAUUAAUGGUAUUAUAUUUAUACUUAAAAGUAAAUUAUUAAUUGCCAUUUCUCAAACAAAAUGUUAUCAAAUAUCAAGUUUAUGAACUUUAAAUAUUGUAUAGUAUAUGUUUUUAAAAUAUUUU